CUCUUCUGCUUUCUCAGUACACAGGGCCUGACCCCAGUGAGUCUCCCAUGUCACGGUAUGACAGGACCCAGCCAACCCGGAACCACCGGACCAACCCCUGCUGCCUCUGCUGGUGUUGCUGCUGCAGCUGUUCCUGGAAUGAAGACCGCAAUAGACUUCGGAGGCUGUCUCGAGACACCAAGUUGGAGAUCGUCCCUCACUGUGAGGUCUGCACAAAGCCGUCCUCAGAAGAGUUAUACAGCUGGUCCCACUCCUUCGAGAAGCUGAUGAAGAAUCCCGCCGGGCGCAAUGUGUUCCGUGAGUUUUUGCGCACCGAGUACAGCGAGGAGAACAUGCUCUUCUGGCUGGCCUGCGAGGAGCUAAAGAAGGACAACAGCAAGCAUUGUGUGGAAGAGAAGGCACGCAUGAUCUAUGAGGAUUACAUCUCCAUCUUGUCUCCAAAGGAGGUCAGCCUGGAUUCUCGAGUCAGAGAGGUGAUCAACCGGCGGAUGCAGGAGCCCAACCCCCACACCUUUGACGACGCCCAGUUGCAGAUAUACACCUUGAUGCACAGAGACUCCUACCCACGAUUCCUCAACUCAGUCAUUUACAAAGCGCUCCUGCAGAACAUUUCUCGCUCCAGUUCAGAGUCGUAG